GUACACUCGGUCGAAGUACACAAGCAGGAAGAAGUGUGAAUGUUCAAAAUCCAAGAAUGGCAGCAAUUCCACAGCUUUUCAAACAUUCAUCGCAGGCGGCGAGAAUUCUUGCCAUUGCGUCAAUCACAGCGCUCGCUGCCGUCGGAGCAACCACACUCAAUAAUCGCCGAUACGACCGAGUCCGUCUGCCACCAUCACAUCCCAAUGCACAUUCAUUCCACGAGGCUGCCAUCGAAGCAAACAAUUAUGCGAGACCAAUCAUCACACAGUCAGGGCAGUCACUCUUCUCGAGGCUGAUCUUCUACGAAUUUUCCCUAUAAGGGCCCUACCACGCCCGCGCGAUGGCCGCGGCCCUUCCUUCUCCGCCGUCCUCAAGACCUACUUCUCCAGAUCCUUCGAACAAAAACGAGCAUGACGUGGAUGAACAAGAGCAGGAAGACCAUACGUCUCUAUCUAAACGUCUCGACGACCUUCUCACAUCAUACGUGGAAUUACUAGACACAUACACCGUCCUCCGUGCACAGCUCUCCAAAGACGUCUCGUCCGGCUUCUUCGCUCUUGCUCAAGCGAAUCGAAACUCUACACUCGGUCCCGGAAGAAGGUACGGCGAGGAAGGAUAUGAUGAGCGGAUGAAAGCUUCAAAGACUGUGCGGAUAGACCAGCGCAUAUCCCCAGACCGAUCCUCCAGCACAUCAAGCGGACCAAAUCAUGCCGAGCACUCACCCCAGUCCAAGAAGCCAGUCCUUGUAAACGAGGACUCAAAUGAGCCUCCCUCCGAGCAAACCUCUCCAGACGUUCAAGCAACAGGAGGACAUGAUCCCUCAACCCUAAAGCAAGACACCAGCCAUGACACACUCAUCGAACCACCGCCGCCCACAUCCCCCUCAAACCCCAUACACGACACGUCUCACCUGCCGUCCUGCUACACACACGCCAUCAGCACAUCAUCCACGCCUGCGCCGUCUAAGGACCCGCUAAAAUGGUAUGGCAUCCUCGUUCCUCCUGCAUUGCGCCAGUGCCAGAACCAUUUCCGAACAACAGUGUCAUCGACGAUUCCUCAGCUGCUCAACGCCACAUCCGCCAUGCAAAGUCUCGAAGCGCAGAUAUGGGAUGUUCGACGUGCAUUGGGGAUACUGGGUGAAUACGAGCAUGGCGUUAAGCGAGUCGAUGCAGCAGACGUGGAAACCGCUUACGAAAACGACGACGGAGACAGUGCGGAGCUUUCUUUGCUGUCGCUGUCUCUCAGCCCGAAUCAAGGCCAAGCAAAGCCGAGGAGUCAGACUCCUUCGAACCGAGCUUCACUACUGUCUCCAUCUUCGCCUGCGAGACCAUCGGAACCACGAUCUCGUGUCUUGAAACUCGAUUGAUGCCGGGCCAGUGAGCACAAGUAACGCGUGCGUCCAAGGUCAAGGUCAAUGUCAAUGUUGUCUUGAAUAUCACUUGAGCCACAUCACAUGAAUAUAUCAUAUGUACAAAAAACUGUGACUGCAGUGUGUAUAAUGGUUUAAUCUGCUACCCCUAUGGACUCGAAGCUAGUGACUGCAAUAUGGCCAUGAUGCAUGACAGUCAUGUGUGGUUGAUAGCGUGUCAGUCUACUAUGCAUGCAAUAGUCUACGCAUGCCAACGUCAUUGACUUGCU